CCCGCGGAUCCUCCCGCAGCUGUAGCCGGUGUGUGUGGUGUGCGGAGUAGGCGCGAUGAGCUGUUGGAUUAGCAGCUAACGUGCUAACAGCCUGUUCGUAUUGAAGUUGUUCGCACAUUAAACUGAGGACAUGUUCAGAAAUAUGAGUGAAGAAGGACGUUUAAUGGGCGGGAGGCGCCCCCCCUCAUCUUCCUCCUCCAUGCCCGGACUGGACAGCCAGGAAAGUUCGUGGAUCGGCUUGCUGUCCAGGCCCGCGAUGGCACUGGUGGAGAAAAUCCGGAACCGAACUCUGAAAAGCAGCUUGGUUACCGAGGAGAGCGAAUUUCUUAGCCCGCUGGAGGACGUGCAGCUCGGGCCUCCUCACCUGUCCUACCUGCAGUGUGAGCCCCGAGGCGUGGGGGCUCUGCCAUGGCUCUCCGCGGACUCGCUACGGGAAAUCGGGCUCCAGAAUGGGGCAGAGGUGGACCUGAGCCUCUGCCAGCAGACCCAAUUCAGAUACCUGUCUUCGUUCCGGGCUGUUCUGGGCCACAUGCUACUCAGUUCUCAGGAAGUAAAACCCCCGGGAGGGCAGAGCUGGUCCAGCAGGCCAUGGUGGGACAGCUUCUGGGGGGGCAAGGAGUGCUCGGAGAGGGAGCAGCUGUCCCGCGGGAUGCUGGGAGAAAAUGCUGGAGCCAGCGACCACAAAGAGCAGCUGGUGAACAAUGGAAGCCCCCCCACAGUCCAGAACGCUGUGGCAGACCGCCAGCUCAGCAUCAGAGAUCCACAGAACUGCUCAGGAGCCACCAUCGCCGCAGCCUUACCUGUGACCCCCGAGCAGGACCAUGGGUACUCCAGCCUGGAGGAGGAGCACCUGUCCGGCGUGACGUCCGCCAGAGCAGAGCCGUCGCCACCACAGGAGACUGAGGGGAUGGAGGAGGUGGUGCUCGCCGUCCCUCAGUGCCAGAACAAAACUAUCAACUUCAUCAUGGGUGGCCCUUGCAGCGAGGAUGAGGACAGCCAAUCAGAGGAGUCAUCCUCUGAUGAUGAUGAUGAUGGCUUUGACAGCGAGGGCUCCUCUGAGAUGUCUGAUGACACUAAUGAUGAUGAUGAGGAUGAUGACAGUGAGGCGGAAUCAGAGGUGGAGCGUUUGUGGCGCUCUCUGUGCCACAGCGAGGACCCCUAUGACCCCCGAAACUUCACUGCCCGCCUGCACACGGGUGUCACUGCACCUCGUGCCAUCCCUGUCUCCACGCCACCAUCCUCUGCUCAGUCUUCCCCCUCCUCCUCUCCUCCCUCCAGCCCUGACACAUGGGACGACUCGCCGUCUGCGAGCGAGGCUGAUGAGGAGAGCCUCCGCCUGUGGGACUCCUUCAGCUCCUCCUCAGACCCCUUCAACCCACUCAACUUCCAGGCUCCCAUCAGGACCCGUGAGUCUGCCACGGCGAGGGCCAGGGAGAACUCCGCCUACCGCCGCCUCCGCCAAGAGUCUCCACCCGAGUACAGGAAGGAGGAGGCAGAGGACCGGAUGGACAGCGGUUUCUGUGACGCCUCCGCCCGGAACUGCAGCUCCAUGAAAAAGGUUCGUUUCUGUGACGAUGUGGAGGAAUUCUUUGCCAGCUGUGGGGAGGAGGAGGACCGGCGGGGCCCGUGGGAGGAACUUGCCCGAGAUCGCUGCCGCUUCCUGCGGCGCUGCCAGGAGGUGGAAGAGAGCAUCGCUUACUGCCUUCAGCCGCAGCACCGCCGGCGCGUGUACGAACAGCUUGCCGUGAUUAGGCAUGCUCCUCAGGGUGUUUUUCUGGCGGCGGGCCCGAGGCAGAGUCCAGCUCCACUGUGAGGAAGAACGCCGCUGGGUUCUUCAGUGUUUCUGAGCUCCGAGCCUCAUCAGCUUCCUGCUUCCUACCACAAACCCAUGAGCACCACAAAAGAAGAAGAGAGGUCCAGACGCUCCACGUCUGGAAACGCUGUCAGUGUUAAUGUGCAGAGCUGUGAGGGUGAGGAUGAUGAAGGCUCCCGCCUCUGAUUAACCAAUAAAAAGUCCCCGUCUGCAGCAGCUGGGCAUCCAGCUGUUUCCAGUGUUUUCACUCUGAAACCAAAGAAGAAGAGUUUGUGUGUGUUUGUGUGUGAGCGAGUUCACCUGUCGCAUGGGCAAACCUCCCCCAGACUCACUGAUAAUCAAUACUGAGUUUUCCUGAUCACUGUGUAUUAACCCUGCGUGUCCAGCCGGAGGCGCUCUUGCUCCCUCUCCUUGUAAUUCAGACUGGACAGAAACAGCUGACACGUCAGAGCCGAGGCCCCGCCCUUCAGAGCGUUCAGCGGUCAGAAAGAUUGACGCUGUGGCAGAUGUUCCAGAUGUUUCUGUGACUGACAAUGAGGAAGAGCGCUGCCUGAACUGUUUGGCGUCAUUUUAGCGAGAGAAGCGUUUUAUUUUUCUAACUGCGUGUUUGCCAAGGACUCGUGCCCAUUGAUCGUCUCACAGACUAAAUAUCAAUCUAAAUAAAUCCAAUAUUUAAUGAUCGCA